ACUGUCAAAACAGGUUUUGAAAUUUUGCGGUUAGUUUUUGUGUUUUGCUUGCAUUUUUUAAAGUUUUUCUGUAAGAAUGGAAGAUUUUGAUGUGUUCACAAACGAAAUCAACUACACUAAACAAUUUUACAAUAGUAUUCUAAAUAAAUAUGUGACAGACGUGCCUUACACGCCAAGCGGGCCAAAUUACCAAAGUGGACGAAAACUCCUGGCAGAGGAGUGUCUGGCAGCCAGCAAAGAAGCAGAAUGUGCCUUCCACUUAAGCGAAGCUGUAUCGGCCACUUUGAGGACCAUGGCUGUGUACAGAGAUGAACAAAUCAAGGCAGCAGAAAAUAAGAUGCAUAAAAUAGAGAGCUUCAUCCAACCAGUGAAGGAUUUAAUUGAUAUAAAUCCUAUGACAAAAGAAGAAGAAAAGUUAUUUGAUUUUAUAACCAAAAACAAUGGAAAUAAUAUUGGCAAAGGGCUUCCAACGAUAGAAGUAACGGACAAAGUGCCAUUCUACAAAAGAUAUCUGAAGUUCAGUCCGGAGAAUAAUGUUGACAAUUUUCAGAGUAUUCUGAAGGAGCUGCCCAAAGAAUGGACUGUAAUUCAGUUGACUGCACCGUACAACCCCAACGAGAACUUAAAACCGUUUGACGAGUAUCGGAUUGAGAUCAACUCGUUGAACUUGACAAUGAUGACAAAUGCAUACUUGGAGACCACUGAUGUGGGGCCAUUGACUGUUAGCAUUCCUGCAAAUGUUAAUAAAGAAGGAGAAAAGCCCCUGUUCACAGAACUGUUUUCAUUGCUUGAUGAAAACUACAAAACCAUAGACAAUGCUCAGUUUCUGAACAAUAAACGUUUGGUGCAGAAUUAUUGGAGCAGAAGAGAGGAUAUCGAUUUGAGGAUGAAGAGUGUAAUAAACGUGAUGGACAAGGAAUGGCUGGGUGGUUGGGGCAGCCUGCUGACGGGGAAAGUGGUGGACUCCAGCUUGAGAGACAGGGUCAUACACCUGGUAGACGCUACCAUAACUGACUGGGGAUUCAUAAGACUGACCAAAAAACAGAAGAUUCUCCUCUACAAUCUAAUAGAAAGCAGCCCUGCGUUGUCGUCCCAGCAAAUCAAAUCGUGUAUCAGACGAAUUUUGACUGAACAUGGCAACACUGAAGACAUAAGACAAGUUCUAAAUACGAACGACUGUCAGAACUGUACCAAAGAGUUUACGUUUGCGAACGAGUUGUGUUUGAAAUGUCUGUCGAAGUGCUUUGAGGCUGUUCACCAUUUUACGCUGGUUGACGGCAUUAAGGCUUUUUCUCAAGCGGCAACCCUGGUCAAAGAUGGCGACGAGUGGGCGGGGCUUAAGAAGGCGAAGCGGCAUCCGGUGAUUUUGAUUGUGGACGAGAUGCUGGACACAUUCCCAUGGGAGACUCUUCCCAUAAUUAACCACGACCCCGUGUCGCGGAUCGAGAACAUACACUUCUUGUAUUACUUGUACAAGUUGCACGAGAAAAAUAUCGUUGAUGGGUAUUUAGAGACGAAGGCGGACGUCGGAAGAUACAUUAUUAAUCCAGAGAAGAACCUAGACCGCAUGGAGAAGCGCAUGGGGUCAUUCGUUCAGUACUGGUGCGGCGAGUGGGCGGGGCACAUCGGGGAGCCGCCUCCUCCUGAGGACUUCCUCAAGUACCUGACUGAAGCUGACGUCUUCCUAUACUGCGGCCACGGCGACGGCUGCCACUUCGCGAAUGGCGGCGCGAACGGCGCCGGCGUUGAGGGCGCCGCUGGUGCUCGGGCUUUUUCUGUUGUCGGGCUGCGGCUCCGAGCAGCUUCGGGCUAUUAG